AUGCCCACCCCGACCUCCACGCACCGAGGGGCUCUCAAUUUGACCGUAGUUCCAACUCAGAACACUGCUCCUGUCCACGAGUUCCGCUGUCUCUACACGCGAGACCUGUAUAAGAAGGCCAAGAAAUGGCACGAUGGCUCCCUACGUUUUCACACCUUCAAUCGACGCGUCAUGGUGUAUGAUGACGCGAAGAAUUACAUCGGAGACCUUCACUAUAGGCAAGAGGAAGAGUUCGCUGAAGGUGUCGAGAUACAAUUGGACCGCGGAGUAAAAGUUGAAGUGGGUGAACGACUCGGAGAGACUCAGACUGACCUGGCCCCAAUCCUUGAGAGACCGCGUCCAGAGAAAGUCGUAGCACAAGCCAGACAAGCUACAGGGCUCAAUGCUCGGCCAUCGUCAACUGGCCCCUCCGCAAGACCAAAAUCCCUGCUUGAGGUGUUGGGCCCCUCUCAAGGUCGAUUGGGACAUUCAAGAUUAUCCCUUCAGUCGCCUUACGAGCAGAGGCAGGCAUCUUCUAGGAUCAAACAAGCCGAGCCACUUCCGAAAAGACGAAGACUUUCCGGUGAUAAAGAAAACCGGUCCGGUAUUGUCAUGGAGCCGAUGAGGCCUCGCUUACCUCAGCCUGCACGGCCGAAUCAGAAUAAAUCUGCCGCGCUUUCAAGUCAUCAGACAGAUGCUCCAAUCGAAUUCCACGAGGGUUUCGACAUCUCUUCAGCCGAAGAGCUUCGACAACGACGUGUGAAAGUUGUAAGGCCUGCAAGUCUAUCAGUAAAUGGUCCAAAGAAAUCUAGAGAGGAGCGACAGGCGACUAAGAAAUUGACAUCAGAACUACCGAAAGCCCGUCAGAAUUCAACAAGUGCUUAUGAAGAUGGACCUACAGGAAUUGCUCUUGAUGCACACGAAAAUCCCGCAAAGCCGAAAUCAAACAAGACAAAAGCUACUGUUGCAAAUGCUCGAUCAACUAAAAUACACACAGCUCGAUUGUUGCUUAACCAGCAGAAGGUUAGGUGCAAGUUGACUUGUUUACUACCGCUUUCAAAAGACCAGAUUUCCAGACGCCGCUCGAACAAUUCAGACGAAGUGUCCCUUGGUCGAGACAGCACUGGUAAUGCUGCAGUCCGUGAUCAGGCUGGAUCUCCUUUAAACAGAUAUGGUGACAAGUCCUCCCACGACAAGGAACCCUCGCAGCUUAUCCUCCUCCCCAGCCCGAGUCCCAAAAAUUCCCCCGGAGGCGAUCCUUCUGAGGGCCGCAAUAUUUUCCCCAGCCCUCUCUUUAUACCCGAUGAGAACGCCGGACCAAAAUCACCCUCACCCAGGCCGAUACUUACGCAAGAUGACUUCUUGUUUCCGGACUUCGAAGACAAUCGAAAGCCAGAGAGAUCUCCUAUCGCCGAACAAGUUGGUUCAAAGACUGGCUUCAUAGCAGAAGAAAACACCCAGACCAAUUCUUGCUCACUGCUAGAUCCCAACUCUCCGCAUCCGGUCCCCCGACAAGACAAUUAUCCGAGACUUCCGGCUCUCAGGACUAAUCCGCGAACCUUUAGACGGGUUUUCUCUGAGGUUGACGUUUUGGAGGACGAAGACUUUAUUGCAAUCCCAGAAGCUGUUGGCGUUCAAUCACGGGAGCCUCUCGAAGUGUUGGAAAAUCUAGCCUCCAGGCGGAGUUCUGUGAAAUCAAAAAGCCCGUCAAGGUUCCGCCGAUGUGCAUCCGACACUGCUGUCCUAGACAAGGGGAAUAACGACAUGAGAGAAAGCAACAUUCAGGAACGAUCCAAGGAGGAGACUGGACCAUGGACCGCGGAAGAGGCGUUUCUGUUGUUUGAUUGGUGGCCGACCGAUCUUGAGAAACCAGGACUCUGGGCCAGUGCGGUACAGGAACUGGCUCCGCAAGCUGCUGUCAGCGGAGCUGGUAGGGGAUUUUCGACUACCAUCACAACAGCUCGACAAUUCCUUCGUGACGACGUGAAUGUUCUAUGA